GCCCUCACCACGAAGUUUGUCCGCCGAGCCCAAGCCCGCGACGUUGGCAAGGGCAAGCUCCAGUUCGCGAGAUGGGCCCAGGCACGCUGGAAAGAUAAGCCUGGUGCGCUCCAUCGGAACGUUAGGGGCCCCAUCAGCGAGGUGCCGGAGAUCCACGGCUCCGCGGACCCGACUUUCACGAUGGCUACCCAAGCGGACUACUGGCGGCAAGUUUGGCAGGACCCCGUCGAUACGGUCUCAGAUAUCUUGGCGGCGCUUCGUCGCGACCGACAAUGCGCCCAGGAUCAGGACGCACCACCCCUCACCCUGCACGACUUGGACGAGGUACUUGCGCGGGCGUCGGCAAGGAAGGCCACUGGGAUCGACAAUUUCACCGUUGACGACCUCGCCAGGCUCAAGGCGCACUGGGACACGGCGCCGGCAGGCCCAUCAGCCCUGCGCGCCUCCAUCAGACUCCUCGUGGACGAGGCGGCCAUUGCGAACGACAAGCAU